AUGGAAAGGCUGCAGGAUGUCGUGUGGUACCGCCGCUGGGCUAAACGGGUGAAGGAAAAGUUCAUGCAAUAUAACAGUGGUGAAGCAACAUUGACGCAGCUCGAUGCAACCAUCAACCAGCUCCCUAGUGCCACCAUGAGUGUGAGUUGCGAGACACUGGAGGUGCUUGAAGUUGAAUUUGGGUUUGGACUGCGUCGUGCAACCCUCGGCAAAGAAGCGUGGAUGAAUCCACACCAAUUCAUCACCCUCCCACAAGCCUUCCUUGAUCAUCUCGCAAUGGAAUCUGAGCUGCUAAAGAACUGGUGCGUCUCUACCGACAACGAGAUACGAGCAAGGACCAUAAUCACAAAAUUGUUAGAGGCUGUGUACAAAGAGCUUCGGCUUGAGGGCUUUGCUGGCCCCGAGGAGAUCCGCAUGCGCGAAGAAACGACGUUCUCAUUCUACCCAAUGAAAUUUACGGAUGGUCGGAAACCUUGCAAGGUUCGUUGUGUGGGGAGAACAGACCUCUCCUUCAAUUUCGGCGAUGAAGAAGCCCAGGCUAUCAACCUGGUAGUUGUUGAUGUAAAUCACAGUAGAGCUUCACACGGCGGCCAGGGGCAGAUACUGGCCUAUAUGGCUAUGGGAACAACUGCAACAAAACCCCCGACGUUGUCGGUUAUGCGUUCUUACAAUCGCCGUGUGCCAACCGAAGGUAUAAGAUACGACCACAAUGGGAAUGCCAUCAACCGACCAAACGAACCCCCUAUGACCCUCCGCCGGCGCAGCAGAGUCUACCUGCUGCGCCGUCAACAGGUCACCCAGAAACACAUUGCCAUCAGUCGCGAAGAUACACCAGAGAAGGGAAGUCCCCAGGGAACUGUCGAUGUCGAUCAAAUAUCCCCGUCAUCCGCAUCCCUAGAACACGCAAGCGCAAAUGGACCAGUCCAACGGCAAACUUUAGGGAAGUACUUCGAUUACGAGGAUGUUAUGCGUGACUACGAUAUCAUCGACCAAAUCUCAAAGAAAGCUCAAGCCGUUGACAUUAGGCGGCGGCCAUGA